UUCGGGUGGACGAGUUCCCGGUCAUAUGAUAGUGUUCUUUUUUCUGUGAAAAGCGAGUUCUCUACCUUCCUACUCGGUCCUCUGCCUUGAACAUCCCUUGCCCUUUUACUUUCUUUCUCGUGGCCUAACCAAACCUCUUCCCCAUCCUUUUCUCUUCCAAUUUUUGUCUGGUAUUCUUUUUUGUAAUUUGUUUCUUUUUUAAAAUUGGUUUUUUUUUUUUUGGGGUUGGUGAGCUACAUUCAGCUGCCCUGUAGCCUCCCCGCUUCAUGGGAUGCUUCUUGUUGUGCUCUAAGAUUGAUUGGCAAGCUCAAGUUGUUGAGUUCCAGCUUCUAGAUUCAUGGGUUUCUCCCAGAAUCUUCCAAAAUGAGCCAUCUUUGAAUUGAGGUUGGGGCCUCCGGGGUUCUUCAUCUUUGAGCUCAAUUGCAGAGACCAGUACCAGAUUUCCGAUCCUCGCGCAGGUAUAUCAGUGAAGUUUUUUAUGGUAAAAUUAGUCAUGGAACUGCAGGGAAGUAAGCGUUUCUCGGGGGCUAUGAAGUGCUUUCCCUUUUCAAUUCGUGAAAAAAACAAUGAGCCAAAGACCACCAAGUCCGUUUCUGUCCGUUCCACCUCGACGUCCAUGUCAGCUGACCGUGAAAUGAGAACAAGUUGGUCGGAGUUCAACUCCCAGAAUGUUUCGGAACUGAGCACAGAGUCCUCCGCGAUAAACUCGUUCUCCAUUCUGUCUCAGAAGCAGAGCAAUUUGAGGGAAUUCUCGUUCUUGGAGUUGAAGUCUGCAACCAAGAAUUUCAGUCGAUCCCUUAUGGUUGGAGAAGGUGGGUUUGGUGGGGUAUACCGUGGCGUGAUCCGAAGCUCAGAGGAUCCACAGAAGAAGAUUGAAAUUGCAGUCAAACAACUAAGCAGGAGAGGCUUGCAGGGCCACAAGGAAUGGGUUACGGAAGUAAAUGUUCUGGGAGUAGUUGAACACUCGAAUCUUGUCAAACUAUUGGGCUAUUGCGCUGAAGACGAUGAGAGAGGGAUCCAGCGCCUGCUGGUGUACGAAUACAUGCCAAACCGCAGUGUGCAGGAUCACCUAUUGAGCAGAUUCCAAACAUCUCUCUCAUGGGCGAUGCGAUUGAAAAUAGCCCAGGAUACCGCCCGAGGCCUUGCUUACCUUCACGAAGGAAUGGAUUUCAAGAUUAUAUUUCGGGAUUUCAAGUCUUCCAAUAUUCUUCUGGAUGAACAAUGGAAUGCAAAACUGUCAGACUUUGGAUUGGCAAGGCUGGGGCCCUCCGAUGGAGAGAGUCAUGUCUCCACUGCGGUUGUAGGAACAAUUGGAUACGCAGCUCCCGAGUACAUCCAAACGGGGCACCUAACAUUAAAGAGUGAUGUGUGGAGCUAUGGAGUCUUCCUCUAUGAACUCAUAACAGGCAGGCGUCCUUUGGACCGAAACCGGCCCAGGAAAGAGCAGAAGCUCCUGGAAUGGGUGAGGCCCCACUUAUCUGACACAAAGAAGUUCCGAAUGAUCUUGGACCCAAAGCUCGAAGGCAACUUCUCGAUCAAGUCUGUGCAGAAACUAGCUUCUGUGGCCAAUAGGUGCCUCGUAAGGCACCCCAAGCUCCGUCCCAAAAUGAGCGAAGUGCUGGCCAUGGUUGAUCAAGUCGUGGAAGCGGCAGCUAACGGCAAUCCCCAACACCCGAUUAAGAGCUAUGGGAGAAAAGAUGAGCCUGAGAGGUCUAAGAAGGAACUGUUAAAGGGAAGGUUCAUGGACCCGAUAAUAGGAGAGAAUGGGUGGUUGGCUCGGCGAACUUGGAAGCCGAAAGCUGUGAAGACGUGCUAAAGAGGCCUUAUGAAGGUGAAACUUGACCUUUUAAUCUAAGACAAGAUACUUGCAGCACACUGAUGCAGAAAGAUCUUAAAGGUAUGAUGGAAAUAUCGAACAAGUGCGAGUUAAUUCACGAUAUAAAGAUCUUAAAGAAUGGAUGGACAAAAUUAUACGGUGGCGCUGUGUUAGCAUUGCGCACGCUUCAACAGUGGACGAAGUAGUGAUAUGUCUGUACCUGAAGAAGUUACUGCACCUGAAUUUGGUAAAGUCACAUUUGUAUACAAAUGGAUCCAUAAUGCCAUUUGGGGACGUCGUGGCGCUGAGACUACAGAUGACGAAAGACAACUUCAUCAACCUAAAUCGCCUAGACUUGGGUUGAGGGAAUCGGUAAAACUCUUUUGGUGUAAAUUUUCUUCAUUCAAUACGAGAUGAGGUUAACUAUAUUCAAUUA